AAAAACACAUUCUCUCUGUUAUGUGAAGGGAAACCUCCCUAUAAAAGCUCCUCCUGGCCGAUAAGUAGAUGACAAACAGAAACUCAACGCGGAACUGAGCUGUCAGCUGCCAUGAACCCACAGCGCCUCUCCUCUCUGCUGCUCUGUGUCGUGUUUACCAUUUCUACAGCUGCCACUCACACUUCCGUGCUGGAUCAUGUGACUGUGAUGUCAUCAUCGGGGGAGGGUCUUCAGAGCGCAGUGGGGGAAGAUUUAGAGUCUGACGAUGAUCAGGAUCCAUCAGGAAUGUUCAUCGAGCCACCUUUUUUUAAAGUAACCCAAGCCAGUAAAGGAGACGAGCAGAACCACAAGCGCUCCGGACGCAAGAAGAACAAAGGAAGAAAAAGGAAUAAAAACAUCACUCCUGUUCAGCCCAACCACACGUCCAGUCACCGGAGCCGCAGCACCACCGCUGACCCCUGCCUGACCUCUCAUGUAGAUUACUGCAUCCACGGCCACUGCACAUACCUGCACGGCCUGAGCGAACCCGUGUGUGUGUGUAGACGAGGUUAUGAUGGUGAGCGCUGUGGCAUCCAGCUUCUGGAGACAUCUCGAGAUGAGAGCAGCUCUGAAACCACACACGCCGCCCUUGUCAUCAUGGCUGUCGUGCUGUCAGUCAUCAGCUGCUUAGCCAUCCUCAUCAUGGUCUGCGUCCACUAUAGAACACAUCAUCGCUUCCAGGCGGCUUUCCUGAGCUCUUCUAACGAGAGAGAGAAACUAGAGAAGAAGAAUAUUAUGGUGUGAAAGGAGAAUGCAGAAGUCACUGAUGGACGGGUUUAUUGCACAUAAAAACACUACAUUAGAUCCUAACUGUAACAAUAUAUUUAUUGUUUGUACCUAUUUAUUAACGAAUGACAUCAUAUUCUUAGGAUUUGUGUUUAUUUUGGUAGAAAACCAACAAUGUUUAUUUAAUAUGUGUUAUUCAUGUCACACAUGAAAUAAAGGAUGCUUAAUAAUAA